AUGCCCCCCUCCUCGUUGCCCCUAUCCGUCGCGACUUGGGCACAAACUGCAAGGCCCUUCAACAGGCCCUCGUCGCAACAGGGCCAUCGUGACUCCUCUUUCGUGCCACCAACCCGUCACCAGUGUCUGCGGAAACUGCUCAUUCAGACGCACAACGACCGGCCACUACCCCGUACAAGUUGCUUCCCGGGACCUGCGAGCAAACCAUUUGAUCAAAGUCCUGCUGGAUUGAACCGUCUAGGCCGCUCACAAGGCCUGUCGAGACCCACGGCUGCCACCGCAGCUACUGGUGAGAAGGCGAGGUUCAUGGAUACAGAAAAUGCUCUGGAGUCUGCUUUGCAGCUUCGGCUGUGGUACGCGAAGUUGGAAUAUCAUGCAGAGACACUGGCCAAACUCAAGACCAUCCUAUCUUUGCUUCUGUGUAGUCUACACCUCGUAACAUGUCUCGGACUCCUCGUCUCAACGGCCACAUGCAGCAGCCUGCAGUUCGUGUGCGCAACGCAGGCUGCCGCUGCGUCCUCGGCAUUUGAACCCCAAUUGCGCUGCACGAACAAUGACCUGCAGCACAGCAAACAUACCCUGAGCCAGGUUACAGUCGUCCUGGAGCCGUUAGAGCAUCCUCCAACACUGGCCGAUUCACAAGAGAUUGCUCUCCCUCAGAUUUCCUUUGCCCCCAGAGUCAACGGCAACCUCGACUCGUGGCUCUCCACACCGGCACAACAUGACGUUGCUGUUCGACGAUGUCCGGAGCCCCGCCCCCGUCUCCCGAUCCUUGAGCCGAUUAUCCAGCUUCCAGCAGCAGAUUACCUCGUCAGCGUCGUCAUCGCCGUCGUCGGCAUAACAGAUUACAGUCACUGGACAACCUAUGGACCGUGCUACGAGGAUGGCUCCAAAGUAGGAUUCGGCUGA